AUGCACAUAACUUAAACUCAAAUCUUUGAAGUGAGUUAAGGCUCUGUUCUUCCAUCUCUCUCUGACUCUCUCUUUCACUGGGAUAAAGGUGCUUUCUCUUUCUCUUUUUCUUGCCACCCUUUCACUCUACACUGUACUAAAAACCAGUAAACAAAAGCUUCACAAUCCUCUGCCUCUCUCUCUCUCUCUCUCAUAUACACUGAUACACACACAAACAAACACGCGGCAGAAGUCUGUAAUGUCUUCGACCAUUAAAAACCAACUUUAUUUUAUACAAAUCUAAGCAAGACAAACACAUACCAAUAUCUCUGAGAAAACCCACCACUCUUACCUUCUCUGGCUGACUGGCUCCCCACUAUUACCACCUUCAGUUUCUCUGCUUUCUUCUUUCUCUCCCAUCCCAUCACGAACCCAAAGAAAACCCACGAAAAAGACAUUUUUUUUUUCCCUGUGUGUGUGUGUGUGUGUACACAUGCGGUCGAGAUUGCUCCUCCUUCAAUGAGUUUGGCUUCUUUUUAUCCAUCUUCUUGGGGGGCGAAUGGGUUGCAUGGUCUCUCAACUGGCGGCCAAGUUCGCCUUCUUUCCGCCAUCGCCGCCCACGUAUCAGAUCAAGCAGCUCGACGAUGGCAAGCUCACCGUCGUGUCGUCUUCCUCACCGUCGUCGAUGCCGAUUCCUCACGCUGACGACAAUUCCUUGGACGUGUUGCUGAUUGAUACUAAGCGCGGCAAUAAGAUUGUUGCUUUUUAUCUGAGGAAUCCGUAUGCUCGCCUCACUUUGCUCUACUCGCACGGCAAUGCUGCUGACCUUGGCCAGCUCUAUGACCUCUUUGUGCAGCUCAAAGUCAAUCUCAGAGUUAAUCUCAUGGGAUAUGACUAUUCUGGCUAUGGAGCUUCUACCGGUAAGCCUAGUGAAUCCAAUACCUAUGCUGAUAUAGAAGCAGUAUAUCAGUGCCUUGAGACUGAGUACGGAGUUAGCCAGGAAGACUUAAUCUUGUAUGGGCAGUCAGUUGGAAGUGGCCCAACACUGCACUUGGCAGCUAAAUUGCCAAGGCUCAGAGGCGUAGUUCUGCAUAGUGCAAUUCUUUCUGGUCUCCGUGUCCUCUGCCAUGUCAAGUUCACAUUUUGCUUUGACAUUUAUAAGAACAUCAACAAAAUUAAGAAGGUCAAGUGUCCCGUGCUGGUGAUACAUGGCACAGAAGAUGAUGUUGUCAAUUGGUUACAUGGCAAUGGGCUGUGGAAAAUGGCAAGGGAACCAUAUGAGCCUUUAUGGAUUAAAGGAGGUGGGCACUGCAACUUGGAGCUUUACCCUGAUUACAUCCGCCAUCUUUGCAGAUUUAUCCAAGAAAUGGAGAAUAUAACUACAGCAAUCCGCCUCAAAAAGAUCCGGCCGAGUCUGCGUAGGCCCUCUAACAGGUGCUGCAGAAUUAAAAUCUGGCGACCAAAAUGCCCUGAUUGUUCAAGACCUAGCUGUAUCAAAUGUUCCUGGCGUCCUAAAUGCCUAGAAUGUGGUAGACCUUGCUGCCCAGAAUGUUGGAGACCUAGCUGUCCAGAAUGUUUGAGACCUAGCUGUCCAGAAUGUUGGAGACCCAGCUGCUUUAAAUGUUGCUGGCGACCCAAAUGCCCGAAAUGUCCAAAAUGUUCGAGACCGAGCUGCUGCAUGAAAUGUUUUAGCUGGCAAUGGUGUAUGGGAACACAAAGUGGGUUAAAUGGAAAGGAGGAGGAUGGCUAAUGCCAUUAUGUGCUUUGUAUAGAUUGCUGAACUUUGCUAACAGCCCUCUAAUCUUGUGUAGUAGUGUACCAAAAGGAGGAAGUAGUUGUUACUUGUUGGAUACUCAAAGAAAUUUGUAAUUUAAUUAUUUUAUUGAUACUGGUGUAUUCUUAAACUUUAAUUUGAUAUGGGCUCUUUUGGUAACA